ACUAACCCACCAAAAACCGUUUGAAUAAAAAAAAACCCUUAUUUAUAACCCUAAAUUUCCCUCGUUUUCCAAUCCUCUUCCUCACUCACACUCACUGAAAACAAAAAAAAAAUCAAAACUUGACAGAGCGAAAACGAAAACGAAAAAUCCAGAAUUCAGAACAAUGGGUGAUCUUCAUCAUCAUAUUCAGAAUCAAGAAGAACACACUUCGAUCCCAAAUUCUCACACCCAACAAGAAAACAACGAUCUUUUCUCAAUGCUGCGUCUCAACACCUCUUCCACCUCAACCCACCAUCACCAGCACAAAAACUCCACCAAACGCCGAUCACCUCCGUCGUCUUCAACCGCCGAACGCAGCGCCAAGAAGCAUUCUUUCGACCACCAAGAUUUCACCCGUAAUGGCUUCUCUGCCAUUUCACUUCCUUUCAGCCUCCGCGGCAAUGUUCUUCGCCGCUGCGUAUCUACGCCGGAGCAGUCUGCAACUCCUCCCAUGGUGAAAGGGGCUGGUUUGCCGCCUCUGCAUCCGAACUUAAGGAGAUGUCUGUCUGCUGAUGCUAAAUCGAUUUCUCGUUCUUUGAGUUCUGAGGAAUCGGCACCUGCUGAUUCAAUGAGGCUUAAAAGGAUGAAGGAUCGUUUAAAAGAAAUGAAACAAUGGUGGGAUGAAGUUAUGAAAGAAGAUGGUGAAGAAGAAGAACAACAACAAGAAGAAGAACAACCAGAAGAACAACAAGAAGAACAACAAGAAGAACAAGAAGAGAAAGAGCAAUCUCCUGUGGUUGAAGAAGACAAAGUCCUAUCUCAGGAUGAAUUGGGGGAAGAUUUUGAAGAAGCUGUGAGAGUAGAGUGGGCUGAAAAAUGUUUGAGCCUUACUUUCAAGUGUCCAUGUAGCAAGGGCUAUGAGGUUUUGAUAUCUGCAAACAACUGUUACUAUAAGUUGGUGUAGAUUAAUUAGUAUGUUUGGUUCCUUUUGAUUUAGGAAUCAAUUUUGUUUUUAUUCUUUUUCAUAUAUAGCAUUUGGAUGUUACUAGAUUAGCAGCAAUGUAUAAUUGUACAUGUUACAUUUGUUUUGUAAAUGAAAUGUUAUGUACUAUCUCAACAUUCUUCUAAGGAAAUGAAUGAAAGUAUACUUUGUACCAAGUUUACAAAUGAAAGUAUGUCUGGUGCUACUGUUGUGACACAUUGUGGA